GAGAGAGAGAGAGAGAGAGAGAGAGAGAGAGAAAGAAAAAAGAAAAGAAGAAGCAGAGAGCGCUGAGAGGUUUCUGGCGUGACGGAGGAGGCAAACCGACGCCGUUUGUUGCAUAUUGAGGCGGAGGAGAUAGCGCGGCGGACAUUGAUAGUCGAAUCGAGCGGAUUGGUCCAGAUUUGAGCGUUUGCGGUGUUUGUGAAGCUAGUAGGAGACAGACAGGUCAAAAUUGUAGGUGAGUGACAGAGACGGCGAGGUUAACCGAUUGUGAGGUCUGUGAGGAGAGAGAGAUAGAAGCAACUGGAUUUUUACAGCGGCUGAAGGAGUAGAUCUCACGGUGUGCGUGAGAGGUCAGAAAUCGACGAGCCUAGUGUCUCAGAUGAGAGAUCUGUGCUGAGCUGAGAGGGUAAGGUUUUCAAAUAAGAGAGAUGACGUCAUCGGAGGUUUCGAUAAAGGACAACGGCGGAAACCAGAGAGGAGGAGGAGGAGGAGGAGAGAGAGAGAGCUUCUCGUCGAGUUUCAGCGACCACAACGACGGCAGGAAUGCCGGCGAGGGGCAGAACGGUCAUUCGGCUGUGCCGGCGGCCGGCAGAGAUGCCGAAACUGCACUCUACACGGAGCUGUGGCACGCCUGCGCCGGGCCGCUCGUGACUGUGCCGCGCGAAGGGGAGCGUGUCUUUUACUUCCCUCAGGGACACAUCGAGCAGGUGGAGGCGUCGACUAAUCAGGUGGCUGACCAGCAGAUGCCAGUGUAUGAUCUUCCACCGAAGAUACUGUGCCGGGUGAUCAAUGUUCAGUUGAAGGCUGAACCCGAUACAGACGAGGUGUUUGCGCAAGUAACUUUACUUCCUGAGCCAAAUCAAGAUGAGAGUGCAGUGGAGAAAAUAACUCCCCCACUUCCGCCUCCUAGGUUUCAAGUACAUUCAUUUUGUAAGACCUUGACAGCCUCAGACACAAGCACUCAUGGCGGGUUUUCUGUCCUAAGGCGGCAUGCGGAUGAAUGCCUUCCACAACUGGACAUGUCUCGUCAGCCUCCAACCCAGGAGUUGGUUGCCAAAGAUUUACAUGGAAAUGAGUGGCGCUUCCGCCAUAUCUUCCGAGGUCAACCAAGGAGGCAUCUACUUCAAAGUGGUUGGAGUGUUUUUGUUAGCUCUAAGAGGCUUGUUGCAGGCGAUGCAUUUAUAUUUCUAAGGGGUGAAAAUGGGGAGCUACGUGUCGGUGUUAGACGUGCAAUGCGACAACAGGGCAAUGUUCCAUCUUCAGUAAUAUCUAGUCACAGCAUGCACCUUGGUGUACUUGCAACUGCAUGGCAUGCAAUCAAGACAGGAACCAUGUUCACUGUCUACUACAAGCCAAGGACAAGCCCUGCUGAGUUCAUUGUUCCAUUUGAUCAGUACAUGGAGUCUGUCAAAAACAACUACUCUAUAGGGAUGAGGUUUAAAAUGAGGUUUGAAGGUGAAGAAGCUCCAGAGCAGAGGUUUACUGGCACUAUAAUUGGAAUUGAAGAUGCUGACCCAGCGAGGUGGCGAGAGUCUAAAUGGAGGUCCCUUAAGGUGAGAUGGGAUGAAAAUUCAACCAUACCUCGUCCAGAGAGAGUAUCAUGUUGGAAAAUAGAGCCUGCUCUUGCUCCUCCUGCUCUAAAUCCUCUUCCCAUGCCCCGUCCAAAGAGGCCGCGGCCAAACAUGGUUCCUUCUUCUCCGGACUCUUCUGUUCUCACCAGGGAAGGAUCAUUGAAGGUAACAGUAGACCCUGUACUACAAGGAGGUGGUUAUUCAAGGGUCUUGCAAGGUCAAGAAUUCUCGACCUUGCGAGGCAAUUUUGUGGAGAGUGAGUCUGAUACGGCUCAGAAGUCUACUGCACGACCAGCUACCAUAGAUGACAAUUCGAUUUCUGGUUCGAAAAGGUAUGGUUCGGGUACAGAUAACUGGAUGCCCUCGGGGAGGCAUGAACCAACCUACACAGAUUUGCUAUCAGGGUUUGGAACUAAUAGUGACUCACACGGUAUCUGUCAGCCCUUUGUUGAUCAAGCUGUAGCAUCUUCUAAUUCCAUGAGAAAGCAUUCACUGGAUCAGGAAGGAAAGUUUAACUUGAGUUCAUGGUCCAUGUUACCCUCAUCGCUGUCACUUAGCUUGGACUCUAAUCUGAAGGGUCCUAUUGUCAAUGCAUCUUACCAAGCACAACAGAAUGUUAGAUAUGGUGGAUUGAAUGACUAUUCUGUUCACCAUGGUCAGAGAGUUGAGCAAACCCAAGGAAAUUGGUUGAUGCCUCCACCACCACCACCACCAUCUCAUUUUGAUCAGGCAAAUGUACGGGAAGUCAUGCCGAAGCAUAUUUCACUACUGAAACAUGAGGCUGUUAAACCAAAAGAUAUAAGCUGCAAGCUCUUUGGCAUUCCCCUCAUAACACAUGAACCCUCAACAAAUAGAACAGCAAUGAAUGAGUCAGCUUAUCAUAACCAAGCACUUACGUUGGAGUCUGACCAGAAGUUGGAAGUGUCAAGGGGAUUGAAAUCAGUGGAUAAUUUAUCAGCUGUUAAUGAGUCUGAUAAACAAAUUUCUCAGCAGCAUACCAGAGAUGGUCAGGGUAAAGCACAAGGCUCUUCAACUAGGAGUUGCACCAAGGUUCAAAAGCAGGGUAUAGCACUUGGUAGGUCUGUUGAUCUUACGAAGUUCCAUAAUUAUGAUGAACUGAUUGCUGAAUUGGACCAAUUGUUUGAAUUUAAUGGUGAACUAAUGGACCCGAAAAAGAAUUGGCUGCUUGUGUAUACUGAUGAUGAGAAUGACAUGAUGCUUGUUGGAGAUGAUCCGUGGCAGGAAUUUUGUGGCAUAGUUCGGAAGAUUUUCAUCUACACAAGAGAGGAAGUCCAAAAAAUGAACCCCGGGACCUUAACUUCACUUGGGGAGGAGAACCCAGCAUUGCCUGCUGAGGGUGUGGAUGCAAGAGAGGGGAAGUCUCAGUGACCUUGCUUGAGCAUCUAUUACUGAGGAGUGUUAGGACUGGUUUAGGUAUGACUAGGUAUAUUAUCAGUUAUCAACUAGAGAUGCUUAAGCUAUUUAUCAUGGUUCCUUACUGGUGUUCUGUAGAUUUUUGGGGGGAGAUCAUAUUCACAGUUCUUUUGUCAGUGCUAUUAAACUGUUUGGAUAUAUGAACUAAUCAAGAUUGAUGUCAGCGCGUUUCUCUAUUGAACUUAAAGUUCACCUGAUACGUCCCAGGUAGAUGGCACAUGUGAUUAUCCAGUUUUGGGCAUGUUUCUGGAUUUAGUAUCUUGAAGUGUCUGGUUAUAUAGGUAUAGAUAAAUAUUAGUUAUACCCUAGUUUCGUGUAAAGGUGUAAGGUGAUGUGUGCCUUGCUUUCUGAAACGGUUCCCCCUCCUUGUACAGCGGUUUGACUUUAUUUUCCUGCCGUGUAAUAUAAGUACGAGCACAGAUUGUC